UUCUCUUCUGCUCACAGCCCUUUGUUCCACACCGGAGUUCAGACGAGGUUCCAGACCGGGUUCCAGACCGGGUUCCAGACCGGGUUCUGGUGUGAGACCCAGUGUGGGGGAUCUCCAGAUGGACCCCGGAGCCCCGAUGGAGGCCGGCGCCGCAGCCGGUGUUCCAGGCGGCUCCGCCUCGACCACCAGGGAGCUGCAGCAGGACUGGAGGGAGCAGAAGCAGAGGGACCGGCCCGUCAGGCUGCUGUUCCAGAUCCCCUCGGCCCAGAUCCUCCACAGCGCCGCACACAGACACGUGGUCUACACCGUGGUGGUCAUGCGGUCCGGCAGGUUCGACUCCCGGCAGGCGUCGGUGCAACGCCGCUACAGCGACUUCCGGCGGCUCCACCAGGAGCUGCGGGCGGAGCUGCAGGAGGAGCUGGAGGAGGCGCCGCUGCCGCCCAGGCUGCUGACGGGGAACUUCUCGGCCGCCGCCAUCGCGGCGCGCCGCCUGGCGCUGCAGGACUACCUCGCCGCGCUCUUCUCCGCCCGCCGCGUCCGCCGCUCGCCCCGCUUCGCCGCCUUCUUCACGGAGGCGGAGCAGCGGCGGGCGCACGGCCUGCUGCGGUCCGGCCGCUUCCGGCCCGCCGCCGAGCAGCUGCAGGCGGUCCUGGAGGUCCAGGAGAAGCUGCUGCCGUGGCAGGGCGCCGCCCUGACCGUCCCCGCCCUCUGCGCCCUCGCCGUCUGCCACCGGGACCUGGACGAGCCGGAGCGGGCCUUCGCCGCCGCCCAGCGGGCGCUGCCGGCCGCCAGGCGCUACGGGCCGAGGAGCCACCGGGCGGCGCUGCUGGACGCGCUGCUGGACCUGGGCUACCGGCUGGGCCGGCCCGUGGCUCAGCUGCAGGACGAGCUGACCGCCCUGAGGGACGCCGAGCGGGGCCCCGUGGCCCCUCGCUCUCUGAAGGAGCUGGUGGUCCAGGAGUUCCUCUGAGGAGCGCUCGGACCAGGUCAGGUCCCUCGGUGGUCCUUUAGUGAUCCCUUUAGCACUCCUGAAGUGGUUCCUCAGUGGUCUCUUAGGGGCCCUGAUUGGUCUCCUCAUGGUCCCUUCAACAGUCCCUCAGUGGUCCUGUAAUUAUUCCUCUAGCAGUGCCUCAGUGGUCCCCUGGUGGCCCCUCACUGGUCCCCUGGUGGCCCCUCAGUGGUCCCCUGGUGGCCUCUCAGUGGUCCCCUGGUGGCCCCUCAGUGGUC